AAUUUUCACCUCUUUUUGGAUUUUAUUCUGAAGGAUUUGAAGGGUAUUCCUCACUGUUUGUGGUCGCUUUAGCAAUCUGUCAAGGGUAAGCGGAGAUUGUUGGUGUUUUCUCUUGGUGAUUCUGGCAGUUGUUUAUUCAAGGAUUUGGUGUUGAUAAUUGUCGAGCCCAAUAUUUUGAUCUGAUUGAGAUCGUGCGGUUUGUGAUUUACAGAAUUUGUGGAAGUUUCUUUUGUCUUCUUGUGGGAGAUGGCUCGUACGAAGCAAACUGCUCGCAAAUCAACCGGUGGAAAGGCUCCGAGGAAGCAGCUUGCCACAAAGGCCGCUAGGAAAUCUGCUCCCACCACUGGUGGCGUGAAGAAGCCUCAUCGUUAUCGUCCUGGAACUGUGGCUCUUCGUGAGAUUCGCAAGUAUCAAAAGAGCACUGAGCUUUUGAUCCGUAAGUUGCCCUUCCAGCGUCUUGUUCGUGAAAUUGCUCAGGAUUUCAAGACGGACUUGAGGUUCCAGAGCCACGCAGUCCUUGCACUUCAGGAGGCCGCUGAGGCUUACUUGGUGGGUCUGUUCGAGGACACCAAUCUUUGCGCUAUUCACGCCAAGAGGGUUACGAUUAUGCCCAAGGAUAUCCAACUAGCUAGGCGGAUCCGUGGUGAACGUGCUUAAUUAGAUUUUUAAUACUUGUUUGUUGGUCAGGGUCCCCUUUUAAUUAGUUAAUUUUCUAUAUUUCUCCAUUUGGCCUUUGUAAAGAACUUAUAAAUUUGAUAAAACUGUGGAAAACAUAAAACCUCUGAAUUCCAUUCAAGUUUCUUGUAUUUUAAUGUGAUGUUGCACUCGGAAUUAUUGGCUGUUACUCAGAAGUUUUAACUUCUAUUAAAA